GCGUGUGUGUGUGUGAGAGAGAGAGCAGUCACAGGAAGGGAUUUUGGUGAUGUCUUCUGCAUGCGCUGUUCAUUUCAGCACCAUCUGAGAACAGAGGAAAGAGUCUUCUGAAGAUGUGACACUUUCUGAAAGUGAUGUUGAACAGCGCACUCUUCAUCUGACGCCUCAUCAUCUCUUCUUCUCAUAACAUGAGAGCCACACGUAUGGAGACCAAGAGAAAUUCCUGCGGCCACAUCUUAACUGGCCAUGACGCUCGACUUCAACACUGAAAUGGGUACAAAUGUCACCACGCACCUGCUGCUCCACUAGCCCUCAACCGUCUGGAUUUUUGGACCUACACUUUGUCACAUUGUUCCCAGCGGCCCUAUGGAUAUGGAUCUUGUACGUCUAAGCCGGACUCAGUACCAACUCCUCCUCUUCUUCUGCUACUGCCUGCCGGUUUCUCUUCAGCGCGUGGAGACGCCUCCCUUGGAGUACGCCCAUUCCAUUCGUCUGGAUGGCGACAUCAUCUUGGGCGGCCUGUUCCCGGUUCAUGCCCGGGGUGAGCGUGGCGUCGCAUGCGGGGAGCUGAAAAAGGAAAAGGGAAUUCACAGACUGGAGGCAAUGCUGUUCGCCAUCGAUCUUAUCAAUAAAGACCCAGAUCUGCUCCCCAACGUCACGCUGGGCGCCCGCAUCCUGGACACCUGCUCACGGGACACCUACGCCCUGGAGCAGUCGCUCACCUUCGUGCAAGCUCUCAUCGAGCGCGAUGGCUCGGAUGUACGCUGCGCCAAUGGAGACCUGCCCAUAUUCGCCAAGCCCGACAAAAUCGUCGGGGUCAUCGGAGCAGCUGCAAGUUCAGUCUCCAUCAUGGUGGCCAACAUCUUGAGGCUUUUUAAGAUCCCUCAGAUCAGCUAUGCGUCCACGGCUCCGGAGCUGAGCGACAACACCCGCUACGACUUCUUCUCCCGCGUCGUUCCGCCGGAUUCUUACCAGGCACAGGCCAUGCUGGAUAUAGUCACGGCGAUGGGCUGGAACUACGUCUCCACGCUGGCCUCCGAAGGAAACUACGGGGAAAGUGGCGUGGAAGCGUUCGUGCAGAUCUCCAGGGAAAUGGGUGGGGUGUGUAUUGCACAGUCUCUGAAGAUCCCCCGGGAGCCGAGGCCUGGGGAAUUCGACAAGAUAAUCCGACGCCUCCUGGAGACCCCAAGCGCUCGAGCCGUGAUCAUGUUUGCAAACGAGGAUGAUAUCAGACGAGUCUUGGAUGCGGCCAAGAGGAACAAUCAGACGGGUCAUUUCCUGUGGGUGGGCUCUGACAGCUGGGGCGCCAAGAUCUCACCGGUCAUCCAGCAGGAGAGAGUGGCGGAAGGAGCCAUCACCAUUCUACCGAAAAGAGCCACAGUCGAGGCGUUCGAUCGCUACUUCCGCAGCCGCUCGCUGUCCAACAACAGAAGAAACGUAUGGUUCGCCGAAUUCUGGGAGGAAAACUUCGUCUGCAAGCUGGGGAUGCACGGCAAGCGUCCGGGAAGUCUUAAAAAGUGCACUGGGUUGGAGAAGGUGGGCCGUGACUCCAGUUAUGAGCAGGAAGGGAAGGUGCAGUUCGUGAUGGAUGCGGUUUAUGCGAUGGCACACGCUUUGCAUCGCAUGCAUAAGGAUUACUGCUUCGGAUACCCCGGCCUCUGUCCCCGCAUGAGCAACAUCAACGGCAAAGAGCUUCUGGGAUACAUCAGGAGUGUUAACUUCAAUGGAAGCGCAGGGACUCCGGUGGUCUUUAAUCAGAAUGGCGACGCGCCAGGGCGAUACGACAUCUUUCAGUAUCAGAUAAACAACAAAUCGACGGCUGAGUAUAAAGUGAUCGGCCAAUGGACCAACAAACUUCAUCUGAAUGUGGACGUCAUGCGAUGGCAGACGGGUGUCCCCACUCUUCCAAGCUCGGUGUGUAGCGUGCCGUGCCAAAUGGGCGAACGGAAGAAGAUCGUGAAGGGUGUUCCCUGCUGCUGGCACUGCGAGCGAUGCGAAGGGUAUCACUACCAGGCCAACGAGUUCACCUGCGAGCUGUGUCCGUACGAACAACGGCCCGACCAAAAUCGCACCGGCUGCAUCCCCAUUCCCAUCAUCAAACUGGAGUGGCAUUCGGCCUGGGCCGCCGUGCCGGUGUUCGUCGCCGUCAUGGGCAUCUUGGCCACCAGUUUCGUGGUGGUGACCUUUGUACGCUACCACGACACGCCCAUCGUACGGGCGUCUGGGCGGGAGAUGAGCUACGUGCUGUUGACGGGCAUUUUUUUGUGUUACGCCAUCACCUUCAUCAUGAUUGCCACGCCCAGUUGGGGGAUCUGCUCGUUUCGCCGGGUGUUCCUGGGUUUGGGAAUGUGCUUCAGCUACGCGGCCCUGUUCACCAAGACCAACCGCAUCCAUCGCAUCUUCGAGCAGGGGAAGAAGUCGGUGGCCUCCCCGCGGUUCAUAAGCCCCGCCUCUCAACUGGUCAUUACCUUCAGUCUGAUCUCGGUGCAGCUUCUCGGCGUGUUCGUGUGGUUCGCCGUCGACCCGCCGCACACGGUGGUGGAUUACGGCGAGCAGCGCACGUCCGACCCGAACAAGGCCCGAGGAGUCCUCAAGUGCGACAUCUCGGACCUGUCGCUCAUCUGCUCGCUGGGCUACAGCAUCCUUUUGAUGGUCACAUGCACUGUUUACGCCAUCAAGACUCGUGGCGUGCCGGAGACUUUCAACGAGGCCAAGCCCAUUGGAUUUACUAUGUACACAACGUGCAUCAUCUGGUUGGCCUUUAUACCCAUCUUCUUUGGAACGGCGCAGUCGGCUGAGAGGAUGUACAUCCAGACCACCACCCUGACCAUCUCUCUCAGUCUCAGCGCGUCUGUAUCUCUGGGGAUGCUCUACAUGCCUAAGGUCUACAUCAUCAUCUUCCAUCCGGAGCAGAACGUUCCCAAACGCAAGCGCAGCUUCAAAGCUAUCGUCACUGCCGCCACCAUGUCGGGAAAACUGGUACAGAAAGGAGGCGACCGGCCCAACGGAGAGGUGAAGACCGAGCUCUGUGAGAGCAUGGAGACCAACACGUCCUCCACCAAGACAACGUACGUCAGCUACAGCAAUCAUGCCAUCUGAAAUGGGGGCGUGCUCUGGGGCGGAUCCAGGGGGCGGGGCCCUGCCUAAACCACGACAGCCGACAGGCAAAUGGACCUCCCAUGGGGAUAUAAGCAUGAGAUUUUUUUGUAAUCGUUCUGCAUCAAACUAAAACCUGCGGCAACCGGAGGAGACGUGUAAAAAUCGGUCCAAGCGGACGGGCUGAUGUCCUGCUCCGAAGCGCUGGCCAUCCUGCCGUGAACCCACACCGUCAUGUUAGCACUCGCAACAAAAACCUGACGUCACCGGCUCACGGUCAAACUCGAAAUCAUACCCACGCAAAAAAAAUGACGAAAACAUGCUGCCGCCGGGAAACACAUUCACAGUAAACUUUGGAUAUGUGGAUGUUAAAAGAAGAUAUAUUAAAACUAUCAGAGUCGCAUAUGUUUGUUGUUAAUCUACUUGUAAGUAUUUUUGUGGUCGUUCGGAUUUUUUCAUUCUUGUCUCACUUUGUCUGAAUCCUGCAUUCUAAGAUGACUUGUCUUGUAUUGGCUGACUGAGAUGUAAUACUGGGGUUGUGAAGCUGUAAUGCCAUGGUUGAAGCAUGCUAGUUUUUAUACUAAAAAAAGAUUUAUUUAUAAUAAAGGAAUGUUUUGCAAAUGU